CACGCCCCCUGACGUACUGUGAGCGGCCGGCAGUACAGUGUUCUGGUGCUGUUCAAAUGGAAGUUCAGUACUAAAUAAACAAAUCGCUAAAUAAAACCGAAGUACCGUCACAAUGUCAGUAAUGAUACUGAAGUGUAGCAGAUUAAGAUCAGUCUUCAGAUUGCGAACGUUACAUCAUCAUCUGAUGUCCAGUCAGGCCGGAUCCGAUGUCCUCUUCGAGCGAGUCGGCUCCGCCAGCGUGAUAACCCUGAACAGGCCCAAGGCUCUGAAUGCCCUCAACCUGUCCAUGAUCAGGCACAUAUACCCACAGCUGAAGAAUUGGGAGAAGGACCCGGAAACCGACCUCGUGGUUAUUAAAGGGGCUGGUGAAAAAGCCUUUUGUGCUGGUGGAGACAUCAGAGCCGUCACUGAAGCAGGCAGAUCUGGAGACAGCCUUGCCCAGGACUUCUUCCGCGAGGAAUACAUAUUAAACAACACAAUCGGAACAUACCAGAAACCAUAUGUUGCCUUGAUUGAUGGGAUAACAAUGGGGGGUGGCGUUGGCCUCUCCGUCCACGGAUGCUUUCGGGUGGCCACAGAAAAGACUCUGUUCGCCAUGCCGGAAACCGCUAUCGGCCUGUUUCCUGAUGUCGGCGGUGGCUACUUCCUGCCCAGGCUGCAGGGCAAGCUGGGCCUCUUCCUGGCGCUCACUGGCUUUCGCCUCAAAGGGCGGGAUGUGCAGAGGGCAGGCGUGGCCACGCAUUUCGUGGAGUCCCAGAAGCUUGCAGCUCUGGAGAAAGACCUUGUGAACCUGAAGUCUCCAACCUUGGACGCCGUUGGUUCAAUGUUGGACACUUAUCAGAAGCAGAGCAGUCUGGACCGAGACAAGCCUUUCUCCCUGACUCAGCACUUGGAUGCCAUCAACAGGAGGACCACUGGUCACGUUUUCAGGCUGUUCGAGGCUAGCAGCAUGGAGGGAAUCCUGGAGAAUCUGCGACAGGACGGCUCGACAUUUGCACAGAAGCAGGCAGAGACACUGUCCAAGAUGUCGCCGACAUCGCUGAAGAUCACCUUCCGGCAGCUGCAGACAGGGGCCGCGCUGAGCCUGCAGGAGGUGCUGGUUAUGGAGUACCGGCUGAGCCAGUCCUGCAUGAAAGGGAAUGACUUCUACGAGGGAGUAAGGGCUGUGCUCGUCGACAGGGACCAAAGUCCCAGAUGGCAGCCAUCCUCACUGGAGGGCGUCACGGAGCAGUUCCUGGAAGGCUGCUUCGCGCCGCUCGGGGAACAUGACCUCCGGCUCUGAGCAGGCUUGCUAUAGAGGGGGUGCUGCCCUUUCAUUUAUCUUGACCAGCCCCUUCGUGGCCUCAUUGGCCUUAAACUUUCACUCCUCAAUGACCACGCCCCUUCACACCUCACUGGCCACGCCCCUUCACACCUCCCUGGCCACGCCCCUUCACACUUCACUGGCCAUGCCCCUUCACACCUCACUGGCCACGCCCUUUCACACUUCACUGGCCAUGCCCCUUUACACCUCACUGGCCACGCCCUUUUACACCUCACUGGCCAUGCCCCUUCACACCUCCCUGGCCAUGCCCCUUCACACCUCACUGGCCACGCCCUUUUACACCUCACUGGCCAUGCCCCUUUACACCUCACUUGCCAUGCCCCUUCACACCUCACUGGCCACGCCCUUUUACACCUCACUGGCCACGCCCUUUCACACCUGAUGGGCCACGACCCUUUACAACUCAAUGACCACGCCCCUUCACACCUCACUGGCCACGCCCCUUCACACCUCCCUGGCCACGCCCCUUCACACUUCACUGGCCAUGCCCCUUCACACCUCACUUGCCAUGCCCCUUCACACCUCACUGGCCACGCCCCUUCACACCUCACUGGCCAUGCCCCUUUACACCUCACUUGCCAUGCCCCUUCACACCUCACUGGCCACGCCCUUUUACACCUCACUGGCCAUGCCCCUUUACACCUCACUGGCCAUGCCCCUUCACACCUCCCUGGCCACGCCCCUUCACACCUCCCUGGCCACGCCCCUUCACACUUCACUGGCCAUGCCCUUUUACACCUCACUGGCCAUGCCCCUUUACACCUCACUUGCCAUGCCCCUUCACACCUCACUGGCCACGCCCUUUUACACCUCACUGGCCACGCCCUUUCACACCUGAUGGGCCACGACCCUUUACAACUCAAUGACCACGCCCCUUCACACCUCACUGGCCACGCCCCUUUACACCUCACUGGCCAUGCCCUUUCACACCUCACUGGCCACACCCUGUCACACCUCCCUGGCCGCGCCCUUUCACUCAUCCCUGAACACGCCCUUUCACUCGUCCCUGGCCACGCCCCAACAAUCCUCCUCAGCCACACCCCUUCUGUUCUCUUGACCCGCCCCUUUAUGGCCUCAUUGGCCCCGCACCCCUCGGUCGUCCUCUGCUGCUGCUGUAGCAUGUAAAAUGUUCAGAGCAGAUGCCAAAACUAUGUAUCUGGGGCAGCAGGCACCUGGUUCAAUAUUAAGCAGCUUAGCAUGUGGGAAGAGGGAUGGAUAGAUUGCUUUGCUUUUUAAAAUGACACAUAUAUGUCUCUGUUCAGGGAGGGUUCACUGUUGUUCCAACAUAGUGUAUUACCAUUGAUGGUGAUGUUCUUUUUCCAUAUACAUGUUAGCGGUUGUUCCUCAGUGUGUUUCUGCAUUGUUUGCUACAGUUAGUAAGCAGACAGACGAAUCUGCAGAAAGUGUGUGAUUGAUCGGUGUAGUCGUGACUAAAUAAACACUAAAACCUU